CAAGAAGAAACAAAGAAACAUAAAAAAUGAAAUGUGAACGCAAAAACAAGAAAUUUUUAAAUCUUUCCUCAGUUUCUUCUUAUGGGAUCAACAAGAACAAGACUACCCUCUUUCUUGAUUUCCGAAAGAUCUGUUUUUUUCUUAUUAAAUAUUUUGAAAUUUUCUUUCUUCCCUUUAAAAAUUAGAUCUUUUCAUCGGCUAAAACCCUGAAGAUUUUGGUAAGGACCAAAUGAGUGCGCCUGUUUUACUGUGUGACGGCUUCGAUGUGCGGCGAACUGUUAUCGGGAAGUUAAACGACGAUGAGUCAUCGACGGUUACGGUAACCACCGAGGAAGACGACGACGAAGCUGUGUUUUCCGGUGAUAGCUUACUUGAGGAGGAAGAGUGGUCUGGAGAGAAUCGUUUCUGUUUUUACUUCGUUAAGCAAUUCGCUUACGAUGACCCUGAGAUUAAGACCAAGAUUGGUGAAGCUAAUGAUGAGAUUUAUCACUGUAACACUGACCGGAUUCACAUUGCUAACAGCUUGAAAUCCAAAAGGGCUGAGAGAUUGUCUUUGGUUGCUUCAGUGGAGAUUUUGGUCUCGUCACUUGAUGAAUACAACAAUGCCAUAUUUCCUUAUCAUCAGUCUGUGACUCUGGAGAUGAACAAGGAUCAAGAAGUGGUUACAGGGAAAAUUUACAGCUUGAGUGAAAGGUUAAGUGAGAUUAAGAUGGAAAUUGAGUUGUUGGAUGUUCAAAUGGCUUGUGUACUUGAUCAAAGAGACAAAGCCGUCGAAAGGAUUAAGAUGUUGAGGAUACAACGCGACAAGGGGAAUGCAGCCUUUUUCCAGAGUCGUGUUGUGAUCAUGAAAGCCAUUGAAUUGGCUGCUUCUGGAAAUGUUAGAGAUAUUGAAGAGCUCGCUAAUUCCGAGGUUGAAAAAUUUAUGUUUCGCUGGAACAAUGACAAGGCUUUUAGGGAAGAUUACAAGAAAAGAAUCUUGCCUUCACUUGAGGAGCCAAAGCUGAGGCGCAAUGGGCAGAUUAAGGAUUCGGAAGGCCAUGUAGAUGCUGAGAAUGGAAGUGAAACAGCAGGGGAGAAGGCAAUAGAACUCAAGAGGUUUAGUACUGAGGAGGAGAUUGAUGAUUGUAUGGAUAUUGAUAUCCCGGUGUAUGAGAAGCUUGAAAAGGAGGAAGAAGAGAUUGAUGAAGAAAUUUUGAAAGAGAAGAAACGAGAAGAACAGAUAGAGAAAGCUAGGCUAGCGAUGGAAAGGAAGAGGAAGCUACAUGAAAAAGCUGCUGCUAAAGCUGCCAUAAGAGUUAAAAAGGAAGCUGAAAAGAAGCUUAAGGAACUUGAGAAGAGAGCGAAGAAGAAGAAGGCUUCUUUGGAUGUAGAUAGAAGAAGAGAGACAGUCACCGGGAGAUCAGUGUUUCAGAAACAGAGAAGUUUUAGGUAUAGAUAUUACGAAAAAGGAAAUGAGGCUGUCCUAAAAGCCAUCCUGAAGCGUAGAAAAGCUUAUAGGUUAUGGGUUUGGACUGUUUUUCCGCUGCAGUUGUUCUCCUGGUUGCUCUCCUGGUUUUCUUCUAUUACUUUGGAUAAGGGGAAGAAGAUUAACAAAGGUCUUUUGGAGAGUUAAGUGAUGAGCAAACAGGUUCAAGGUUUAUAAUUAGUUUAGAAGCAAAUGACAUUGGCAAUAAU